UGAGUCGAAGGAGGCACAUCAGUGUACCAGUGCGCAGACGAUUACACGACUAUCGACACGCUGUUUUCGUGUCUGUGGAUAUUAAUACCGAAUUCUUUCGAUAUAGAGGACGUUUACACACACGGACAAGUGACCCGCAGAGUGACCCGGGCGCUGUCGCUUUAAAGCGAACACCUCCCCCUCCCCCCAAUAUCGGAGUCCCCCCCAAUCGUCCUGAUAACAUGGACGGAUUCUAUGACCAGCAAGUCCCAUUUAUGGUCCCACCCAGCCAGCACAAGUCCCACGUGGAGGAACCGUCUCACAGCAGGCCUCUGAACGACAGGAAGAGGAAGUUUGUGGACACAGAGCUCGCCCAGGACACGGAAGAACUCUUCCAAGACCUCAGUCAGCUGCAGGAGAUCUGGAUUGCAGAAGCCCAGGUGCCUGAUGACGAACAGUUUGUCCCAGAUUUCCAGUCGGAUAGCUUGAUGUUUCAUGGCCCGCCACCAGCCAAGAUCAAACGAGAGCUGACUCCCUCCAAAGAGUUCUCUCCCUGUCGUCAGGACAGGAGUCCCAUGCCCUACGGAGAGAAGUGCCUUUACAGCUACAGUGCCUGCGACAGGAAGCCUCCCGGGUUCAAGCCAUUAACUCCCCCCUCGACACCCGUCUCCCCCUGCGGCCCCACCAGCACAGCAGCAACACACCCACUGAGUGAGCAGACCCCCCCUCCUCACCCCCAUGUAGCCAACCAGACCCCACGUCCAGUGCACAUACAGCAGCCUCUAACGGGCUCUCCCAACCAGCAAGCACUCCCAGUCCACAGCCACAGCCCGCCCUUCGCCGUGCCGUGUGCACCACUCAACCAGGAUGCCAACACCUUCACACCUGAGCACAGGUUCCAGCGGCAGAUGUCAGAGCCAUGUCUACCUUUCCCCCCGUCAGAGAGUCAGGGGCGCCCCCAGUUCCUGCCGCAGCCUCCCAGCAGCAGCGGCAACAGUCUGCCACGCGACGGCCGGCCACCGUACCACCGCCAGAUGUCAGAACCGUUGGUAGCCGUGCCACCCCAGGGUUUCAAGCAAGAGCUCAUCGACCCACGAUACACAGAGCAGGGCGUACCCACCAUGGGGCCUCCGGGUCCGCCCCCGGGCCCCCCGCGCCAGGCUGCGUUCCACCCCAUGGCCAUCAAGCAGGAGCCUCGCGACUUCUGCUUCGAUUCUGAAGUGCCUAACUGUCAGUCAUCGUUCGGGAGAGCGGGGAGCUUCUACCAAAAUAACCAUGAAAGCUUUUCCUUUGACAGAGAUCCUCAGCUGUACUUUGACGAUACCUGUGUGGUCCCUGAAAGAUUAGAAGGUAAAGUAAAACAGGAGCCUUCUGUGUAUCGUGACGGACCACCGUACCAGCGCCGCGGCUCCCUGCAGCUCUGGCAGUUCCUGGUCACAUUACUGGAUGACCCGGCCAACGGUCACUUCAUAGCCUGGACCGGUCGCGGCAUGGAGUUCAAACUGAUUGAGCCAGAAGAGGUGGCUCGUCGCUGGGGCAUCCAGAAGAACCGACCGGCCAUGAACUACGACAAGCUGAGCCGCUCGCUGCGUUACUACUACGAGAAGGGCAUCAUGCAGAAGGUGGCUGGUGAGAGGUACGUCUAUAAGUUCGUGUGCGACCCCGAGGCCCUCUUCUCCAUGGCCUUCCCCGACAACCAGAGGCCCAACCUGAAGGUCGACCCGGACAGCCUGCAGGGGCUGGACGAAGACACGGUGCCCCUCACCCACUACGAGGAAACCGCUCCCUACCUGCUGGACGCCGGGGAGCAGUGCGUGGCCGGCUUGUCCUUCCCGGACGGCUACGGCUACUAAACGAGCAGCGGGGUCCUCUGACGCACGACACACACGUACACGCAGACACUCCCAAAAAAAGUCUCUCGACGCCCCACUCUUAAA